GAACGUGAAAAGUUUUCGCUGUGAUAAGUUUGAUAUUCUUUCGGUUUAGUUAUUUUUUUUGGAUUAAAUGGGAAAAUUAUGUGGCACGAAGCACGCAAACAGGAACGCCGCAUACGCGGCCUCAUCGUGGACUAUCGCAAGCGUGCCGAGCGCCGGCAAUAUUUCUACGAUAAAAUCCAAGCAGAUCCCACACAAUUCCUGCAGCUGCACGGCCGGCGAAGUAAAAUCUAUUUAGAUCCGGCCGUCGCAGCCGCUGGCGAUGGAGACGCAAUCAUUGUGCCUUGGCAAGGUAAUCAGGACAAUCUUAUCGAUCGCUUCGAUGUGCGUGCCCAUUUGGAUUAUAUUGCGCCCGUGACAAAGAGCAGCACCAGCAGCGGCGAGGCGGCAUUGACUGGCCACGAUGACGAUGCGGAAUUGACGGCGGAGGAGCGCCAGUUGAACUAUGAACGUUAUCGCAUCUUGGCUCAGAAUGAUUUUCUCAAUGUGAGCGAGGAUAAGUUUCUGCAUCAAUUGUAUCUGGAGGAGCAGUUCGGCGCCAACGCACAGCUCGAGGCGGAACGCAAUUUGGGCAAGAAAAAACAGAAGAGCAGCGCGGGUGGUGCAACCAUUGGUUAUUCCUAUGACGAUGCUGGGGAGACGGUGGCCACGGUGGCGAUUGGACCGCAACCAUUUGGUACGGCGCCGGCAACGAGCAGCACAGCUGCUGCUGCGGCUGCCGCUGGCGGCGGCGGCGUUGGCGAUAAGGCUGAGAAUUCGGAUGAAUCCGAUUCGGAUAUCGAUAUGGAUGUAUCCAUUGAUAUUGGCAAACUGGACACGACGCAGGCACACGAGCUGAAUGCUUGCGGUCGCAACUAUGGCAUGAAGAGCAACGAUUUCUUCUCGCACUUGACCAAGGAUGCCGACGAGGCGGAUGCGCUGCGGAUUGCCCGCGAGGAGGAGCAGGAGAAGAUGCUGUUAAGCGGUCGCAAGUCGCGUCGCGAGCGACGUGCCCAAAAGGAGCGACGCAUCGCGAAUCGGCCGUUCAGUCCGCCCAGCUAUGCGGCCAAAGAGGAUCAGGGCAAAAGCAAGGACAAGGACGAGGAGUCCGAGUCUCGCUCGCCAUCGCCUGCCGAGGGCGGUGGCGAAAAGAUCACGUACAUUACCUCAUUUGGCGGCGAGGACGAGAUGCAGCCGCAUUCGAAGAUCACCAUCAAUCUGAGCAAACCCGGUCAGACGCUGGGCGAGUCGUGUAUUAAUGCAAGCAGCGGUGCAGCAACUGCUGCAGCCACUGCAGCUGCCUCCGCCGUAUCCUAUGCCCAAAAGGUCAAGGACAAUUUGGACAAGCUGCAGCUGAUGAACGAGACGGCGAAGCGCAGCGGGCGCCGACGCUCCCACAGCACCACCCGCAGCCCCAGCCGUCGUCGGAGUCGACGUCGCAGCUAUCAUCGUCGCAGCCGCAGCCGGAGCCGGACACGCAGUCGUCGCCGACGCAGAUACUAUACAAGAUCAAGAUCGAAUUCACGCUCCCGCUCCCGCAGCCGCAGCCGUAGCCGUACACGCUCCCGUUCCGGCUCCUGGCCGCGCUACACUUCGCGCAGUCCCAGUUAUAAGAGAUCACGGAAACGCUACUCGUAUUCCUCGCGCAGCUCCAGUGUCAGCUCUUACACGCAGUCGAGGCGACGACGUUCACGCUCCCGAUCCCGCUCUCGCACCGGUCCCCGCUCCCGUUCCCAGUCGCGCGCCAGUCAACGGCGUCCGAGUCGCGUUAAGAAGCUAACAACGCCACCAGCCACACAGAAAACAAUUUGCCUGAGCACAACGACAACGACAACAUCGAGCACAAUUUUGGCAACAACGGCGACUGUGCAACUGAAGCACUUUCAACAGCAGCAACAGCAGCAGCAGCAACACCUGCAACUGCAACAACAACAACAGCCGAAACCCGUAGCUCCACCAGCUGUGCCCAUGAUCAGCUAUCCGCUGUCGACGCGUGUGCUCAGCCUGACAACAGCAACGCCGGCGGUGACAAGCACAACGGGUUUGGUGCCACAGGUGACGGAGGCGCCUCCGCCGCCACUGAAGCGCUACUAUGGACGCAAGCGUGGCAACGACACAUCCUCCUCGUCGCCGGAGAGCAGCGGCAAUAGCGACGCGGAUGAGGAGGAGGAGACGGCAGCAGCAGCAGCAGCCAAACAGCUGCCGGGCAAAUCUUUGCGCGGCCGAGAACGUGAUGAUUCCGAGGAUUUGGAUGUGGAUACUGCCUCGGAGCGCUCGCAGCCAUUGAUGUCGUCAUCCAGCACGGGUAAUCAAACAGGCAAAUAUAGUUCUGCUACCGAAACCAAAGGAUCUGGACAGGCGACUGGCGGCGGACGACCCAAUCUGCGAGAGCGUCUUAAGCGCAAGAUGCAAAACCUGCUAAACAGGCAAUAUAAGGCCGAUAAACGUGCCGAGAUUGAGAAAUCGGAACGGGAGCGUCAGCUGCAGCAGGAGCGCGAGGAUGAGAUGCGCGAACUGGCGCUGAAAUUGCGGCGCAGGCGGCGCGAAUUGCGCCACAAAUAUGGAACGCCCUCCAGUGGCAAACUCUCCGACAGCGAUGUGGAAUCGGUGGACUCCGAGGCGCCAGCGCGUUCCACAAAACCAACUUCACGUCGCAGCAGAUCGCACAGUCACAGCCGGAACAGGAGGCACCGAUCCCGUUCGCGCAUUCGUCGAAGCACCAGCCGGGUGCAACGGAGGCGCAGAUCCCGCAGUGCAAGUCCCAGUGCCAGUGCUAGUGCCAGUGCCCGGAAUCGAAGGCAGCGAUCCCGAUCGCGCAGCAGACGCAGCAACAGUCGCAUGGAACGCAAACGCCGAUCACAAAGUCGCCGUCGCAGCGGCAGUCGCGAUCGUCGGCGAUCGCGCAGUCGACGCAGUCAAUCCCAGACACGACGACGCCGCCAACGUGAGCGCAGCCUGGAAAGAAAUCGGGAGCGGGAGCGCUACAGACAGCAGCAGUAUGAACGCUCGCAUGGAGGACGCGACGAGGCACAUGCUCAUGGCAGUCAUUUCAGUGGUGGUGGAGCAGGAGGAGGAGGAACAGGUGGUGGAGGUGGUAGUAGUGGUAAUCGCGGCAGAGUCGUCAUUUCCGCGCCACCCAAGCUGAAGAAGCUCGUCGACUACUGAAAACGAUCAACUGACAAAAAUACUAAAGAAUAUUGUAGAGAGAUGCGAGAAAGAUUUAUUCACAUGCAUUGAUCAUGCCCGCUCAACGUUUCAUUGUUUUUGUAGGGUAUACGCAUAUUUUUCUAU